UGUACUACGGAAAGUGCUUGGCGACGCUUUCUUUGUUACUUGCCACAUCCAAUCCAAAUUCCAAACUGAGCUGCAACGCAAAGAGGGGAAGGAAAGAUGGAAGCCAUGGCCGUCUUUUCCGGAAGCAAUAUCUGUGUUACAUCCUCUCUCCUUCGCACCACCGACUCCAAAACCAGAUACUCUCAAUUACGCACCACCCAACACCUAUCUGCAUUUCCUUCUAAAUCCCAUCUCUUCUCACCUUCUACUACUUCUUCUUCCUAUCCUAAAACCUUCCGUACCAGAAGCAGCACCAAAUCCGGCAUAUUCCUUCCCACCUUAAUCGCUUCUCUCGAACAAGUUGACCAGACUUACAUUAUGGUCAAACCUGAUGGUGUUCAACGUGGCCUUGUAGGUGAAAUUAUUUCUAGGUUUGAGAAAAAGGGGUUUAAGUUAACUGGCUUGAAGCUCUUUCAAUGCUCUAAAGAAUUAGCUGAGGAGCAUUAUAAGGACCUAAGCCAGAAGUCUUUUUUCCCUAAGCUGAUUGAGUAUAUUACUUCAGGUCCCGUUGUGUCUAUGGCAUGGGAGGGUGUUGGAGUAGUGGCAUCAGCGCGUAAGCUUAUAGGGGCUACCAAUCCUCUUCAAGCCGAACCAGGCACAAUAAGAGGAGACUUUGCUGUUCAAACAGGAAGGAAUAUUAUUCAUGGAAGUGACAGCCCUGAAAAUGGAGAGCGUGAAAUAGCUCUAUGGUUCAAGGAAGGUGAAUUAUGCGAAUGGACUCCCGUCCAACAACCAUGGCUAAGAGAAUAAUAAAUCAAGGAAGCAUAAUGACAACAAAACAUGCUGUUUUUAUGUUAUAUAAUCUAUUCAAAUGUUUUCACUUUUCGGCUUUCAAAUUCAAUGUAGCACUCCUUUAACCUCUAUCCAAACGGUUACUCGGAUUUUUUAAUAAAAUUUUGCUGUUGAGUAA